AUGGCCCUUCCAGCUGGCCAGCAACCAGAUAACUCAAGCCAUUCGAAACUUAUCGGGCCCGAAGAUGAUGGCGUGCCAACCCUGUGGGAUUCGUUCCUCAAGGGAUAUUCACUUGCCGGUGGCUCGAGUAACUGUAUUGGGACGAGACUCACUUGGGACCAUUCGUCCCCCCAACCCGCUCAACCUCAACCCGAGUAUCAGUGGCUCUCAUACGCUCAAGUUUUGGCCAGGAUUCGGGACCUCUCGGCCGGCUUGAUCGAGCUUUUCGGGCCGUCUUACCUCCCCCCUGCGUAUCGCACUUCGAUCACGGUCGUCUCGAUCAACGACCAACUCCCAGCACAAGCGGCCUCAAAGAUCAUCAAUGAUACUCGCCCGCGUGCCGUCAUCCUGAGCACCCACAAUUUCCAUCGGCUAGCCGGAUACCGCGAUCAUCAGAGGCGAUAUCAGAUUACGAGCUCCCGGGUCGAGUCUUGCGAUCUCGAUUCUGACCAUGUCGAUUCACCGCGCUCAGGCAUCAGGAGUCCGCCAGCCAGAGGCGCCAAGAAAACGGCACCCCACGAAGCAGCGGGGACGAGUGCUUUCGAGUCUGGGAGCUCGAGCUCUAGGAAUAGGCAUUCAGCCCGAGUUUCUCAGGGCCCGCCAUCCGUGUCUUCCUCCUCCGCUCGCCACGGAAUGCGGCCAUCCGAGCCGAUCUACAUCAUCACCGACCCGCUUCAACUGUCCUCUCACACAAGACUGGUUGCUCUCCAACUCGGAUGGAGUUUUUAUAGUCUGGAAGAAGUCGCCCGAAUCGGCCAUACCCAGAUCCGGGCCUCCCUCCCCAUCGACGCACUCGAUCAAACCCUUGAGGUUGAGAAAGUCAUCGAGACUGAGAAUCUCAAUCCUCUACGACCAGGACCGAGGACUCUGGCUGGGAUCGUUUAUUCGAGCGGAACUACUGGUGAUCCAAAGCCCUGCGUACUCAGCCAUGCUAAUUUCGCCGCAAACUUAGCCGCAUUCAACUAUUUGGUCCAACAAGAAAGACUGAGAGAUCUGCACAUUCAAGAUCUUGUUCAAUUCUCCUACUUACCCCUGCACCAUAUCUACGAAAAACAGACGCAAGCUUGGGUGCUAAAUCAGGGCGGCUCGAUCGGCUUUAGCUCACUAGAGAGUCCGCGAUUUUUGUCAGAUCUGAGCGUGCUCCGGCCGACGUUUCUGGCCACGACGCCCAGCUUUCUGACCCACCAGAUCCUCGACCGACGCUUGCAGUUCUUGAAUAACUUCAGCUCCUUCAAGAACCCCGUCGAGAGCUAUCUGCUCAACAAGGCAAUCGAACACAAGCUCAAAAUGCUGAAGGCUGGCUUUGGCGAACAGAUCUGGCUAUGGGAUCGCUUUGUCUUGGGGUAUCUUCGCGACCAGCUGGGCGGCCGCCUCAAGUGGAUCGUCAGUGGAACAUCACCACUUUCAAAAGACGUUGCUGAACUACUAUCAGCCAGCUUGAGCGUCAAGAUAUCUGAAGGCUACGGACUCACAGAGACCUGUGGAGCGGCUUGUAUCACGGUGGAAGACGGCUCCCAUCACUUCCAAGUUGGACACGUAGGUCCUCCGUUACCCUGUUGUGAAAUCAAAUUGGAGAAAGUGGAUGGACUUAAGCCUACUCAAGGGUUCCAAGAAGGAAGAGUAUACGUGCGAGGAGCGAACGUCUUCCAGGGGUAUUUAAUCCCGGGUACAUCGACCAGCGAGGAGCGAAUAUUGUCCGCGGUGGAUUCCGAAGGCUGGUUUGCGACGGGGGACAUUGGCUACCUGGACGACGAGGGGCGCUUACAUCUAAUCGACCGACUGUUGAUGGAGGAGGGAGUGGGGGGAGGGGUGAUGGUUCUAGGUCAGCAGAUCCACCACCAAUUCAACGUGGUUGACCUCUGCAAGAUCGAGCGGAGGUUGGCUGGGGCCGUGCAGGAGGUGGCUCAGAUCUUCGUUUCUGGCCGGACGGCGGAGACCCAUGCCGAGGUUGGCAUCGGCUUGCUCGGUGACCUCGUCGGCUUCGUUGUCGUCGACAGGCCCUCCUUCCUGCGCUGGAUCGCCGACUCCCACCCGCCUCAGAACCAGCUCGCCACCCGACAUCCAGACCACGAUCUCCGUGAUCAUUCCCAUUCGUUUGACGGGAAUCGUGGCGACGAGUGGGAAAUCGUCGACGACUUACAUGAGCCCCCUGCUUUAGCACAAGACAGUCAUAAAGCCCCGCUUCCCCAUCAAUCAUCAGCCGAUCCUCCUCAUGACUCGGAUCCAGAGUGCCAGGUCGAACUCGAUAAGAUCUGCAAAGACCCUCAAGUGAUCAAAUCAUUUUUGAACUACUUGAUGCGUAGGGGCAAAUCAAAUGGAUUAAAAUCAUAUGAGCUCCCGAAGACGAUCUAUUUGAGCCCUAACGAGUUCAAACCAACCCCCUAUUGCCAUCGUGAUCACCCAUCGAACGAGAAAGGAAAAUCGGUCUUAGUUCAAGACCCAGAUCAACAUCCCCCUCAAUCUGUCCUGGUCGAUGACGAUGGCCCGCAUCAGUUUAUCAGUCUGAAUUCCAAAAACUCCCAAUUGAUGGCACAUUUUUCUACCUAA